ACAUUUAAUAACUAAAGCAUGGGAAUUGCAGUCCUUUGCGCUAACUAUAAUGAAAACGGAAGAACGCCACUUUGCAGAGGCAUGUGCAGAACAGUUUCAAACUGUGGCAUGCAAGUGGGAAAUUGAAAGAAAAGUUACAACCAUUGGGACUGACAGUGCAAGCAAUAUGAUUGCUGCGGCUCGUAUUCUACCAUACGAGCAUAUGCCCUGUAUCGCGCACGUCAUACAGAGAAGCAUCACUGUGAGUCUCGCUGACAGCGGAUUUGUUCCUGCAUUAGCCAAGUGUCGCAAGAUUGUGGGACAUUUUAAACACAGCCCGGCAAACUUAACGGAGCUGAAUGCAGAGCAGGUGAAACUCGGACAGCAGCAGGAGCCACUGAUCCAAGACGUUCCAACGCGGUGGAAUUCCACACUUGAAAUGGUCAAACGCAUCAUCCCCAAUCAAGCAGCAAUAAAAGCAACCCUGGAUCAACAGCAGCAUAAUCUCGUCAUGCUGACGCCAGCAGAAUGGGAUAAACUCCAGAGACUGGAGACCCUUCUAGAGCCCUGCCGGUAUGUGACUCAGAUCCUGGGUGGGGAGGCCUACGUCUCCUGCUCAGUGGUACUACCUGCCCUCUGCCACUUACACUGUGUAAUGGAAACUUCUGAUGAGGACCCUGCAUACAUGAUUAGAUUUAAGACCAAAUUCAAAGACGACCUAGGCUCCCGCCAAGAACACACCAACAAUGCAUGGCUCAAGAUUGCAACCGCACUGGACCCACGUUUUAAGGACUUGAAAAGUGUGCCCAAGGCAGACAGAGAGGAGGUGUGGACCAAACUUGGAGGCCUUCUGCGUGAAUCACCUGGAAGACCUUCACACACUACUGAAGAUGGGCCACCCAAGAAGAAAAUGAACCUUCUUCUACAGCUGGGCUCAGAUUCAGAAUCAGAUGAAGAGGUACAGCCUGACAGAGCCUUACACAGGUACAGAGCAGAGCCCACCAUUGAAAUGACGGACUGUCCCUUGCAGUGGUGGUCAUCUCAUGCAGGAGCCCAUGACAAGCUGGCUCCGUUGGCUCGGAAAUAUCUAGCCACUCCUGCAUCCUCAGUUCCCUGUGAAAGACUCUUCUCACUUGCCGGUCACAUUGUGCAAAAGAAGCGGUCAGCUUUACUCUCAGAAAAUGUGGACAAAUUGGUUUGCCUCAGUAACUGGCUAAAGGAUGAAUAGAGAAGCGGGCCACAUGUAAUUGUGUAGGCCAUGUUCUUUUGGUUUGAUAAAAAAGAGAAAUCUCUUUGUUUUUCCUUUGUUGAAGAGAAAUGGCCAAGAUGGCUAGUGUGUUACAGAAGGAGACACCAUCCUAUUUUGUUUUACUAUUUCAGUUUCAUUUAAAUAAGAGACGCCAUCCUAUUUUGUUUUCCUAUUUUGACGAGGAAAUGUCAUUGUAAAAAACAGG